CAACGUAAAAUUGCAAAAUAUCAUGUACCUGGUGUUGUAGGCCAAUGGUGAGAGGGCUCUCCUUGCAGAUAAGCUCCAGGCACCCCUGAAGGAGGUACAAGGCUCAAAGAAGAACAGGUCAUCAACUUGGGCUGCUUGCAGGGAUGUUCCGACUGUCUGGGUAUACAGCUGAGGCACUGAGAUCAGGUGGUGCCCAAGGAGACCAUCGUCCACUGAGAGCUGCCCAUGGGAUUGAGCGAGCCGAGCAGGAGCUGCAGAGACUUCUGGCAUCCAGCCCAAUUCUUCACCGGUCAGCUGGACACAAAGUGAUCCAGACACUGUGGCUGCUCAUCCAUCCUUUCCUUGUGACUUUGUUGUGUGUUGAGUGGGCUCUUUCUCAUGGAAUAUAUGCAUCCUUUCACAUUUUAUUUUGAAAAAGAAUAAUACGUGGCAUCCCAUCCACAGGACUGUCUCAACACUGCAACACUCCUAAAGAGUUCCAACAAAAUGGAUUCCCCCUGUAGCAAUAUAUCUUUAAAGAAAUCUAUUGUAAUAUUGAUUUCACAAUUUUGUAUAGCUUGCAUUUUGUUUAUGCUCUAUAGCAAAAUAAAUCUUACAUCAAUACUUUUUAAGAAUAACUUUGAGGAGCUGAGCGUGGAACUAUCUAACCAUUCACAAGUCACCAUUCUACUUUGGACUUGGCCAUUUGGAGAUACCUUUCCACUUAAUCAGUGCCCACUGAGUAUUAAUAUUUCGGGAUGUUUUUACACACAGAACAGACUGUUAUAUUCAUAUGCUGAUGCAGUUAUUCUGCACCACAGAGAUGUUUGUUGCUCUAAAAAAAAACUACCACACAUGCCAAGACCACCAAAUCAGUACUGGGUAUGGUUUAACUUAGAGUCUCCAUCAAACACUGCAAACUUAGACUUUAUGAACAAUCUCGUCAACCUGACUAUGAGUUACAGGUCUGACUCUGAUAUUUUUGCCCCUUAUGGUUGGCUGGAGCAGAAUGAUAAAGAAGUGAACUUCACUAUUCCAACGAAAAAUAGGCUGGUAGCCUGGGCAAUCAGUAACUGGAAUUCUAAUUCCAGGAGAGUGCGCUAUUAUGAGCAGCUAAAACAGCAUGUGUCCAUUGAUGUGUUUGGACAAUUUCAUAGAAGUCUCCCCAAUAGUGAACAUCAACAAGUCCUUUCUCAGUAUAAAUUUUAUCUAGCCUUUGAAAACUCUGUGCAUGAAGACUAUAUAACCGAGAAAUUAUGGAAGAAUUCUCUCAUGGCUGGUUGCGUGCCUAUUGUAUUAGGUCCUCCUCGGGCAAAUUAUGAACGUUUUAUUCCUAAAGACUCUUUUAUACAUGUGGAGGACUUCUCUACAGCACAGGAACUGGCUGCAUAUAUUCUGCAGUUAGACAAAGAUGAUAAAGCAUACCAAAAAUAUUUCCAUUGGAGGAGAAGGUUCCAUUCGAUUCAAGACUUUGGUUGGGAUAUCCAUUACUGUAAAAUAUGUAAGGCGCUUAAAAAAGCACCUAAGCAUAAGACUAUUGCUAGCAUUGCAGACUGGUAUAAAUAAUAAUCAGAAAAAGACAUACACCAGGCCAAGGUGCUUAACUAGUUGUGGUCACUUCCAGUAAAAAAUUCUGCACGCCUGGGAAGAAACGGGAUAUGUAUGACUGUGUUUGUAUAGGCAGAACCUUUUUGGUAGAGUAUAAAAGAGUUAAAACCCC